CCCCACACGCGACCACCCUAUAAAACCAUCUCCAGCAAGACGGUUCUUGCCAUCGCUCAGUUUACCAGAUCAACACCAACAGAGAUCGCUUCCCACCCACCAAGACCUCCCAUUAGCUUUUCGACCAGUUUAUUACUUCUUCAACAGCCAAGAACCAUGAGCUCUCGGAUGGCCGGAGCCACGCUUCUGCGCCACCUGGGCCCCCGCCUCUUCGCCGCCGCCGAGCCGGCCUCCGGGCUCGCCGCGAGCGCAAGGGGCGUCAUGCCCGCCGCCACGAGGAUCUUCCCGGCGCGGAUGGCCAGCACGGCCGCCGCCCCGCAUGCCAAACAAGAAGAAGCCACUGAGAAGCCCCAGGGCGCGACGACGCCGGAGCAGGCGGUGAGCUACUGGGGCAUCGAGCCGCGGAAGCUCGUCAAGGACGACGGCACGGAGUGGCCGUGGUUCUGCUUCAGGCCGUGGGACACGUACCGGCCGGACACGUCCAUCGACGUGGCCAAGCACCACGAGCCCAGGGCGCUGCCGGACAAGGUGGCGUACCUCAUCGUGCGGACGCUGCGCGCGGGCAGUGACCUCUUCUUCCAGCGCCGGCACGCCAGCCACGCGCUGCUGCUGGAGACGGUGGCGGCCGUGCCGCCCAUGGUCGGCGGCGUGCUGCUGCACCUGCGCUCGCUCCGCCGCUUCGAGCACAGCGGCGGCUGGAUCCGCGCGCUCAUGGAGGAGGCCGAGAACGAGCGCAUGCACCUCAUGACCUUCAUGGAGGUGACGCAGCCCCUGUGGUGGGAGCGCGCCCUCGUGCUCGCCACCCAGGGCGUCUUCUUCAACGCCUACUUCGUCGGCUACCUCGUCUCCCCCAAGUUCGCGCACCGCUUCGUCGGCUACCUCGAGGAGGAGGCCGUCCACUCCUACACAGAGUACCUCAAGGACCUCGAGGCCGGCUUGAUCGAGAACACGCCGGCCCCGGCCAUCGCCAUCGACUACUGGCGCCUCCCCGCCGACGCCAGGCUCAAGGACGUGGUCACCGCCGUGCGCGCCGACGAGGCGCAUCACCGCGACGCCAACCACUACGCAUCCGACAUCCAUUACCAGGGAAUGACGCUGAAUCAGACGCCUGCGCCGCUCGGGUACCACUAAUAAUCAGUUCAAUGAACCAUAGAUCGAUAUGGCUUCUCAGUCCACGCUGUUACGUGCUACCGCUGCCGCCGAUGUUCGUCCCGUUAAUUUGGAUGGAUUGUUGCGUGCGCAGUAUGUUUAUGUAAACGGUUUAUGUCUGAUGAGUUCUGUUUGUCACUUUGUACCCAAAGAUAUGUUUUUGUAAGCCCGUAAUUCUUGUAAGGACAACGCUACCCAGCGGCGCCGCACUUGCGUCCUGCGGUGUGCGGUGCGGCGGCCGAACUAAUCAUCAUUCUAAUAAAAAGUAACGUUGUUUUAAUGCUUUA